AACUCAUCAGGAAGCUGCUCAAGUGAGUAGUUCUCCGUCGACACGUUGGACCGUUAGAAGAAACUAUGAAAGACUGAGAUCAGCAGCAUGGAUCAGUCUGAGAACAAGGAAACCUCUCCAUGUGGGGAACAGGACAGCCAGACAACAGCUCAGAGGACCAUCCCGAAACUGGACUCUGAUGAAGCUGAAGCAGAACCGAACAGUGUCUCUAAGAAUGUGUGGAUCAAAUUGACAGGCCCUGCAGCAGAAUCACUGGCGCAGGCUCUCUAUGGGCCCACUGUUGUAGUUUUGCAGGAAAACAAGGGAGAUAGAAGAGGAGCAGAAGAGGAAACAGCAGAAGAAGACGACGCAGCAAUACGACUAGAACUAGAGGCUGAAGGAGGAGGUGCAGAAGUAACUGGAAGAGGAGGAAAAACAGCAAUAGUCAAAACCGUGUCAGUGCCAUCAACAAGGACUGUUGUCGCAGGAAGAGCCCAAGCUGGGAAACGCAUCAAAGUGCUAAAAACAUACAGGAUUGUCCUGCUGGGAAAAACUCGAGCUGGGAAAAGCAGCCUAGCAAAUACCAUUUUUGGAGACGAUGUGUUCAAGAUAAACCAUACCUCCAUCUGUGGAACAAGUGAAUGUCAAGCAGGGUCAAAAUCUGUUCAUGGAAGAAGACUAACUGUGGUCGACACUUCUGGUUUCUUUGACACAGAUAGACCUGAGCAGCAGCUGAAGAGUGAGAUAGUAAGGUGCAUCACAGAGUGCGCUCCAGGGCCUCAUGCUUUUUUCAUUGUUCUUAAAGUGGAGAAAUUCACUAAGGAGGAGCAGGCUGUCAUCACUAAAAUAUGUCAAUAUUUCUCAGAGGAAGCUUUAAAGUAUGCUGCUGUUGUCUUCACUCAUGGUGACCAGCUCCCAGAAGGAAUGACAAUUGAUCAGUUUGUUGAUCAGAAUAAAUGUCUCAGUGAUCUGGUGAAGAAGUGCGGCGGCCGAUGCCAUGUUGUUGAUAAUAAAUACUGGAAAAACAACCAACAGGAUGAAUACAGAAGCAACAAGUUUCAGGUGGCAGAGCUGCUCAACACAACAGACAAGAUAGUAAUGGAAAACAAAGGAGGCUGCUACACUAACAAGAUGCUACAAACAGUGUGGAGUGAAAAAGAAAGAGAGAACAACAGAACCUCUGGAGGAAAAAUGCCACAAGGACACCCCAGAAAUAAGGCGAACAAAAGUGUCUCAAAGAAUGUGUGGCUAAAACUAACAGGCUCUGUAGCAGAAUCACUGCUGGAGUCCUUCUGUGGGCCCGCUGUUGUAGUUUUGCAGCAAAGUGGUGGGUUAACAAAAGGAGCAGCAGAAGGAAUAGGAGGUGAAGCUACAGAAACAAAAGGAGAAAAAGCAGGAGGAAAAGCUUUUAAAGAAGAAGUAGAUAUAGAAACAGAAGAAGAAAAAGUAGAUAUAGAAACAGAAAAAGUAGAAAGAGAAUGUACCUGUAAGAUUUACGGCAGUCCAACUCGUGUGAAUGGGAAGUAUCAGUAUUUACUUUGA